UCCUCCGCCCCCUCCCCUCCCCCGCCGCCUAGCACACAGCUCGGCCGAGCGUCUGAGCCGCCGGGGCCCCGAGCGCAGGCAGCGAGGCCACCGCACCUGCAGAGCGCUCGGGCUGCUGAACCCGCACCUUGCCUUCCGCCACCCGAUACCCCUUCUCCCCACGCGCCGGGGCUCCCAUGACGCCCGAGCCCCCUAGCCGGCGACAAUGACCACUUCCCUGCAAGAUGGGCAAAGCGCCGCGGGCAAGGCGGCUGCCCGGGGCUCGCCGCUGGCCGCCCAGGUGUGUGGCGCUGCCCAGGGGAGGGGCGACGCCCGCGACCUGACGCCAAGUCACUGGCCGCACGCGCGAGCGCUCCUGCCCCCUCCGGACGGGACCCGCGGCAGUGCCGCAGACAGGAGAAAAAAGAAAGAUCUUGAUGUUCUGGAAAUGCCAUCUAUUCCAAACCCUUUUCCUGAGCUAUGCUGUUCUCCAUUUACAUCUGUGUUGUCAGCAGGCCUGUUUCCCAAAGCAAAUUCAAGGAAAAAACAGGUGAUUAAAGUAUACAGUGAAGAUGAAACCAGCAGGGCUUUAGAUGUACCCAGUGACAUAACAGCCCGAGAUGUUUGUCAGCUGUUGAUCCUGAAGAAUCACUACAUUGAUGACCACAGCUGGACCCUUUUUGAGCACCUGCCUCACAUAGGUGUAGAAAGAACGAUAGAAGACCAUGAACUGGUGAUUGAGGUGCUAUCCAACUGGGGGAUGGAAGAAGAAAAUAAGCUAUACUUUAGAAAAAAUUAUGCCAAAUAUGAAUUCUUUAAAAACCCAAUGUAUUUUUUUCCAGAGCACAUGGUAUCUUUUGCAACUGAAACAAAUGGUGAAAUAUCCCCCACACAGAUUUUGCAGAUGUUUCUGAGCUCAAGCACAUAUCCUGAAAUUCAUGGCUUCUUACACGCAAAAGAACAGGGAAAGAAGUCUUGGAAAAAAAUUUACUUCCUUCUAAGAAGAUCUGGAUUAUAUUUUUCUACUAAAGGGACAUCAAAGGAACCCCGACAUUUGCAGUUCUUCAGCGAAUUUGGCAAUAGUGAUAUUUAUGUGUCUCUGGCAGGCAAAAAAAAACAUGGAGCGCCGACUAACUAUGGAUUCUGCUUUAAGCCUAACAGAGCGGGGAGGUCCCGAGACCUGAAAGUGCUCUGUGCAGAAGAAGAGCAGAGUAGGACGUGCUGGGUGACUGCGAUUAGAUUGCUUAAGAUACAAUGCAAGGAACGUGCCUGUUCACUUCAGUCAGGAUCAUUGCUGCAGAAGUCAACCAAACGGUUUUAUGGCUCCAAUGUGCUUUUUUCCCAGAGAAGUAUAUCAGAGAAUUCCCUGGUAGCAAUGGACUUCUCAGGCCAGAAGAGCAGAGUUAUAGAAAACCCCACUGAAGCCCUUUCAGUUGCCGUGGAAGAAGGACUCGCGUGGAGGAAAAAAGGAUGUUUACGCCUGGGCACCCAUAGCAGUGCCACUGCCCCUUCGCAGAGCGCCUCCACCAACCUGGCUAUCCACCAGUCUCAGCCGUGGUUUCACCACAGAAUUUCUAGAGAGGAAGCUCAGCGAUUGAUUAGUCAGCAAGGACCUGUGGAUGGAGUUUUCUUGGUACGGGAUAGUCAGAGUAACCCCAAAACUUUCGUACUGUCAAUGAGUCAUGGACAAAAAAUAAAGCACUUUCAAAUUAUACCAGUUGAAGAUGAUGGUGAAAUGUUCCACACACUGGACGAUGGCCACACACGAUUUACGGAUCUAAUUCAGCUAGUGGAGUUCUAUCAACUCAAUAAGGGUGUUCUUCCUUGCAAGUUGAAACAUUAUUGUGCUAGGAUUGUUCUUUAGCCAAACCAGAAGUGACUUGUGAAAACUAUUGAAUAAAAAGAACUCAAGAAAAAGAAAAAGUGUUACCAUGAUGAAAAGAAUGUAUUUUACCUGCAAGUUACAAAAAAUAGUUUGUGCAUUGCAAAUUAGCAAAGACUUGGAUUGACAUUACGUAUAUCAUUUAAAAUUCAUCAGUCAAAAUUAAACCUUAGGAAAAAAAA